AUGAGUUAGAUUUUUAACAUUAUCUGCUAUGAAGGUUAUAUAUCAAGUUUAACAUAUUUGUUAACAAAUUGUUGGAUAACGACAAAAAUUCAUUUUUGUACAUUUUAUUAUUUAUGUGUUUUAUCAUAAGUACAAAAAUUAUAAAUAAAAUUUUGCAAUAAAUCAUUAUUACGCAUUAACAUAUAUCAUUUCAUUGGUUUCAGAAUAUAAAGUAGACGAGAUGAUAAAGAAUGAUACAUUUAGUGACAGUGACGAAGGAGAAAUAAAAUCAAACUUUGAAGAGGAUUUUCAAGAUGAAUUACAAAAUUUUCCUCAUAUUUUGAGAUUCAUUCAAAGAAUGCGCGAUCAUAUUAAAAAACAGAACAAAAAAAUUACCAAAUUAAGAAAUAAAGUGCAUGAACAUAAAAGUCAAAAAUUAAUGCAAAAGAAAACUUUAAUUGACUAUGGAACUCAAACAAAUCCUUUGGAAUAUGAAAAGGAGUGUCAAGAUUGGAAUGUUAACAACGAUAAAACAACAUCUAGUAUUAUACAGCAAGUUAAAGAAGUAGCUGAAUCUGCUUUGUUGCAAACUGGUUUUGUUUAUGAAGAAACUUCUGGUUUAUAUUAUGAUUACAAUAGUGGAUAUUAUUAUGAUGCAAAACAAGGUUUAUAUUAUGAUGGUAAUACAGGUACAUAUUACUAUUAUGAUGAAACUAGUGGAACGUAUCAGUUCCAUAGUCAAGCACAAGUAUCUAUGAAUGAAGCAGCUGUACAUGUGCAAAGCAAGAAGGAGCAGAAGACUAGAAAGGCAACUAAGGAUGAGGGGAAAAAACGCAAACUUGCAAAAAGAGAAGAACAGUCGGAAGAUGAACUUGAGGAGGGUGAAUGUUCAAGCAAUGAUAGUGACAGCAAUUCUAGUGACAUUACUCCCGAAUUAUAUACUAGUAAUGACAGUGACCAUGAAGAAGAUCAAGAUUUAGCGAAAACUUAUCCGCCGUGCAUGAGAAUCAUAGUUAAGGAAACUAACUUAUCAAAAUUAAAAAUUGGAAGCCUUUUUGUUGUUGCAUACACCGGUGGUUCAAUUGGUCGAGAAGGUGACCAUUCUGUAGUUAUACCAGAUAUAAAUAUCAGUAAGCAUCAUGCUCGCAUUUUAUUUAAUGAAGAUAAAAAAGUGUAUGAGAUUACUGAUAUGGGAUCAAGAAAUGGCACGUUCUUGAAUGGUAAAAGAUUAUCUGUGGCUAAGCAAGAAUCUGAAUCUUAUGAAGUUUCACAUGGUUCGAUCGUACAAGUUGGUACUACAAAAUUGCUAUGUCACAUUCACAAUGGAAAUGAAACCUGUGGUCACUGUGAGCCGGGACUUGUUCAACAAAACAAUAACGCGGAAGAGAACAAAGGUUCUAAAAAGGAACAACAUAAACAAGAAUUAAGACGGCUGAAGUAUAAGUUUGGUGUAGAAAAAGAUAAUGUUGCAAGUGCUAGUCAAUUAGCAUCAGGGUAUCAAGAUAGAGCGCAAAAUCGAAGACAGUGCAUUGGAUCUUUGAAUCAUCAUGCUAAAACACAACAAAGUUCAAUAGAUACAUCCAUAACAAAGGAUAAUAGAGGAUUUAAGCUGUUAUCAAAAAUGGGCUGGUCCGAGGGACAAUCGUUAGGAAAAGAAGGAAGUGGGCCAACUGAGCCGGUAAGUCUUAAUUACUUCAUAUAUUUUUGUUUAUUUAUCUCAACAAAUUUAUUAUUAUAUCAUUUUACAUUGGAUUUUACUUGAAUUAAUAUAUCACUUGUGGCAUAGGAAUAAUAUAAUUAUUCAUACGGAAAGGGUUGUUGUUGAAAUUUAUGACUAUUUUCAACUAUUUUGUCGGUUUAUUGUAUUAUAUAUUAACAUAGAGAAUUUCUUCUAAAGGAAAUUUUUAAAUUUAGAUAAUAUAGAUAUUUAUAAUAUAUAUAGUACAAUAUUUUUAAAUUAUUCAUACAUGGAUAUGGUUAG